AUGGGCAGACCAAGUGCACAGCUGGUGGUGUUGGUGAUACUACUUGCAACGAGCGUUCUCGCCUCAUACGGUGACCGGCAGCCAGCGUUCCGCUUAUGCGUGCGCAAGUGUUUAACAGCACCGCCCACGCGCACGUUACUAUGGACAACAACGGACCUAUGCCGCUACAAAUGCAUGCACGAACAAGUAGACGUGCAACCGCGCCACCUCGUAGCGCAAUACUAUGGGAAGUGGCCCUUCUACGCUGUGUUCGGGAUACAGGAGCCACUCUCGACGCUGUUCUCGCUGCUCAACCUACUCGCCCAUCGGCGGGGACUGGCAUUGGUGCGUCGGCGCGUUGCGCAGCCGUCCCGCCGCGUUUAUGCACUUCUCGCGUACGUGCAAAUGGGGGCGUGGGUAGCUAGCAGUGUCUUCCAUACGCGCGACGUGGCCUUCACGGAGCGGCUUGACUACCUCGCUGCAGGGGCGGCUGUGUUCGCAGGACUGAACGUGGCGUUGGUGAGAGUGUGCCACGUGUCAUUCUUCGCGUCUACCGUCUGUUUGGGGCUCGUGUAUGCAUUGCACUCCCUCUCCACACUCUCCAGCAAACGCAUCGACUAUGGGUGGCAUCUCACUGUCGUCAUCGCGGCCGGCAUGCUGCAUAAUUUGCUCUGGCUCGGGUGGUGUCUGAGGGAGUACAUGCGGAGGAGGAAACACGUUAAAUCACAAUGUCUAUCUCACCCCGCGCCUUACACCCCCGUCGCCCUCGUCGCUCUCACUAUGGUCGCGCUUAGCCUCGAGCUGCUCGAGUUCGUCCCCAUUGGCAGAUCUCUCGACGCUCACGCCCUCUGGCACGCUGCUACUGCCCCUCUGGCCGUGUGGUGGUGGAGCUGGCUCGUCACCGAUGCCGAGUGGCUGCUCAAGACGUCUCCAUCCGAUGGACGCGUGCGUGAGCGUGUGCUUGAACACAUUCAACUCCAAGCUUAG